AAAAAACAUUACAAGACACUGGCCACUUACAGUCAGAACCAGAUAAAUCUUUUAUAGAUUAAUAAAAAGCAAAUGGUUUAAUCUCUAUGACACAGUGAUUGCUGAUAUUAUAAAUAUUUUGUAAGUUUGAUAAAAGAACAAUUUGAACAUAUUAUUAGUGACAUGCUAAAUGUGCAAAUAACUAAAGGAAGCAAGUUAUCACAAUGGUUACAUCCUAAUUGAUUGCUAAUAUACUGAUUUUAAGGUGCUGAAUGAGCAUUCAGCAAUAUGGAGUGAAAUAUUAAACCAAUAUUAACAAAAUGAAUAUAAGGUAAUAUUCUGCACUGUUCUUAGAAAAUCGUAAUUGAGGGUAAACUAGAAAGAUGGAAAGCAAUGUAGCACCAAACGGAAUGGUGGUAACACCCCACCAUUUAGCUACGCAGAGCGCCCUGGCCAUAUUGAAAGAUGGAGGCACAGCUAUUGAAGCCAUGGUUUCAGCGGCUGCAACUAUAGCUGUCGUAUACCCUCACAUGAAUAGUAUUGGGGGUGAUUCAUUUUGGCUUAUAGUACCACCAAAUGGCGACCCAAUAGUCAUUGAAGCUUGUGGAGCCGCAGGUUCCUUAGCGACACCAGAUUUCUUCAAAGACUACGAUAAAAUUCCCUACGAAGGCGUCAAGUCAGCCAUAACGGUAGCUGGUACAGUCGGAGGAUGGGAAACGGCGCUCAACUAUGUGGCUGCCUGCGGAUACCAACGAACCUCAGUUUCAAAAUUAUUAGCUGAUGCCAUUCAUUACGCAAACAAUGGAUAUCCUAUGACUAAAUCGCAACAUGCGGCAUUAUUGAACAUGAAAAGAACUCUAUCGCAUGAAUUUAAAAGGGUUUUUAUCCCUGAUGGAAAAAUUCCAGAUGUUGGGGAAAUUUUUUGUCAAAAACAGUUGGCUAGGACUUUAGAGAAAUUAGCUGAAAACGGUCUUAAUAGUUUUUAUAAAGGUGAGGUGGGAAAUUUAAUUGCUGAAGACAUGUCCACUUUAGGUAUGCCAAUCACAAAAUCAGAUCUCGAAAACUAUUCAGCGGAAAUGAAAACUCCUUUACGUUUAUUACAUAGUCAUGGAGAUAUCUACAACACCCCACCACCAACACAGGGUUUGGUUUCACUGGCUAUUUUAGGUGUGUUGGACAAGUUAGGAAUUAGUGGCCAAAACGAAGGCCAAUUUAUACACGCAUCAGUUGAAGCUACUAAACAAGCAUUUCUAAUGCGUGACGAAUAUAUAACAGAUCCGGCAUUUAUGAAAACUGAUCCUAAAUCACUGAUUUCAAGCCAAGUAUUGUUCAAUAUGGCUAAGAAGAUAAAUUUUGAUGAAAGCCAGAUACAAUUUUCAUCUAUCGAUGGUGCUGGUGACACCAUUUGGAUGGGAGUAAUGGACAAUAAAGGAUUUUCAGUUUCAUUUAUACAGAGUAUUUACCAUGAAUUUGGUAGUCGAGUUGUACUACCGAAAACGGGUAUUUUGUGGCACAACAGAGGAGUGGCAUUUAAUCUGAAGAAAGAUCACUUAUUGUCAUUGAAGCCUGGGAAAAAGCCUUAUCACACAUUAAAUCCCGCAGCUGCUCGCCUACAUGACGGUAGGGUAAUUGUUUAUGGAACCAGAGGAGGCGAUGGACAACCGCAAACGCAAGCUGGUAUCUUCCACCGAUACGUUGUACAAGGACUUGGUUUACAAGAAACUGUAUCUGCACCAAGAUGGAUAUAUGGUAGAAUUUCCGGUGAUCCAGAUAAUACGUUAAAAAUAGAGAACAGGUUUAAGGAAGACACGAUCCAAUAUUUGAAGGAAAGAGGUCAUGAUGUUGUUUUCUUGCCAGAAUAUAGUGAGAAGACUGGACAAGCAGGGGCGCUAGUGAGGCACGUUAACGGAAUGCUAGAAGGUGCGUUCGAUCUGAGAAGUAAUGGUAGUGCUGCUGGAUUUUAAUUAAGGAUUUCAUUAACUUCUAUAAACAUUAAUUUUGAUAAUCACUUUUUGUAUAGAAUAGUAUCUAUAUUAGAAUUAGAGUGUAAAUCUCAUAAAUAUCUUAACAGAUAAGACUCCACAAUUUACUUGUAGGAAUGUUCCCGGAAACAUUGCUUAACUUGUAAAGUUGUUGAUAUAGUUAUCUUAAUGUUUAUAUAAGCGAAUUUAUGUUAUGUUAAACUAUAAGACUGAUGAAAUUAUUUUUAUACACAGGUUAAAUUCAAAAUAUUUACAUUAUCGUUAUUUCGUAAAAUAUAAGCUGAAUGUCAUUUAUACCAAGGUAACUUAUUUGGGUUAGUCCGUAUUAUGUAAUUUUAUGAAAAUUUACCGUAUUGGGAAAAAGAUCUAUCAUUAAUUAUGCAUAAUGGAGUGAUUCUGAAAUUAUCCAGAUAAUACAGGUAAGUAUAAUACAGCAAA